CUGCUCUGUUAGUGGCUGCAGAAAUUAAAAGAGACAGACACACAUUUUUAUCUCAGUGAUCUGCAAACUUUUUUUUUUUUUUGUUUGCCACUUGAUCUAAAAACGUGAGACCGUGGCGACCCAAUUCACAAUCACUUCGUUUUGUCCACGUGUAAUUAAAAAAUAUCACGCAGAAGCUACUUUGGGUUUCAAUGUCUUGCUCAAGGACGUUUGAGCCGCGCAGAAAUCACCGACCUCGCGAUGCGGCGACGACUUUCUCUCCCCGCGAAGCAGUUUAACAACAUUUCUUACAUUUCGUGCGCAUGAUCGAGCAAACCGAUGCUUAUCGCUUCAGCUCUACGGCUGAUGCUGGACGCUCGCGUUGGGAAACCCAGCGAACUGAGGACAGCAGUUGUCAUCCGAGAAUUCUGCUAUAAAUGACUAACGUUGAGAGACUUCACUAGAAUGAUUGAUGUUUGUAGCAUCAUUCUAAACGUUAAUGAGUCCAAGUCCGUGCCCACACGCCCACAGAUGGCACAAGCAUCUAGUGGCAGAAAUCAGUCCUGCCCCCAAGUGCCAUUUGUGAGUGUGUGUGUGUGUGUGUGUGUGCUCACUUAGCUGACCGUUUGUGGCCAGCUGGAAGCAGAGACCCGUAUUCACUCUUAGUAUUAAGACUAGUAUUAGCCAAAUCAUUUCAUUGCCUCGCAGGGGGACGUCUUCACUGGAUGUUUGUCUUCGAGACGAGUCUUUGGCGAUGUUUCGUGGUCACCAUAAAGCCACGACGCUGUACCCAGGCCGGCCCCUCGUGUCCCGGUGGAAUCCUCCUUGUAAUCCAAGUCUGCGUGCCCUUAUGUGGGUCAACCCCAUCAGUCCCCCCCACCACGCUCCAACCACGCUUCAGCCUUUCAGACCGCGCGCAAGUGCGACUUCAAUCACCUGUGGAACAGUCUGGGCCGAGGGGGCUUAACAAAGGGAACAUCUUCGUGGUGAGUCUGGCGGUGGCCGACCUCUUGGUGGCCAUCUACCCGUACCCUCUGGUCCUCACCUCCAUCUUCCACGAUGGCUGGGACCUGGGCUACGUCCACUGCCAGAUCAGCGGCUUCCUCAUGGGCGUCAGCGUCAUCGGCUCCAUCUUCAACAUCACCGGCAUCGCCAUCAACCGCUACUGCUACAUCUGCCACAGCCUCAAGUACGACAAACUGUACAGCGACGCCAACUCCGUCUGCUACGUCGUGGUGAUCUGGGCGCUGACCGUGGUGGCCAUCGUGCCCAACCUGUUUGUGGGCUCCAUCCAGUACGACCCGCGCGUUUACUCCUGCACGUUCGAGCAGUCGGCCAGCUCGGCGUACACCAUCGCGGUGGUCUUCUUUCACUUCAUCCUGCCCAUCAUGAUUGUCACGUACUGCUACCUGCGCAUUUGGAUACUGGUCAUUCAGGUGCGGAGGCGGGUCAAGCCGGACAACCGGCCCAAGCUGACGCCGCACGACGUGAGGAACUUUGUCACCAUGUUCGUGGUGUUUGUGCUUUUCGCCGUGUGCUGGGCUCCGCUCAACCUCAUCGGCCUGGCGGUGGCGAUCAAGCCCAAGGAGGUGAUUCCCCUCAUCCCCGAGUGGUUAUUCGUGGCCAGCUACUUCAUGGCCUACUUCAACAGCUGCCUUAACGCCAUCGUGUACGGCGUGCUGAACCAGAAUUUCCGGCGCGAGUACAAACGCAUUGUAGUGUCGGUGUGCACGGCGCGCAUCUUCCUCCAGGACAGCUCCAACGACGCCGGGGAGAGGAUCAAGAGCAAACCGUCUCCACUCAUGACCAACAACAACCGGGUGAAGGUGGACUCCGUCUGAGUGAGAACGCCAAGAAAAAAGAAAAAAAAAACCCGAAGCAAACGUAUGCUGUGACUUGAGCGGGGAAAAAAAACAAAACACAAAAACAAAUGUGAGAAAAAUACCAAAUAUGAGUAUAAAACGGUUUAGUCAUACGGUGCUAUCGGACCUCUGAACCAUCAGGGGUGCAUAUUAUCUUUUUGUCUUUUAAUCGAGCACUCCUGUUUGACUCUGAAGUACCUGUAGUACAGUAAAUCUAUGAUGUCCGUUUGUUUUACAUAUUUACAGUGAUGAUUUAAAUGUAUCAUGCAUUAUGUACGUAUUUAUUUUAUAUGAAAUGUUGUGUAGAUAUAUGGUGGGAUAUAUCUGGUUCCAUUUAAAUGAAAACAACAUUUUAUCCGGCUGAUGGAAAAAAAAAAAAAGACAAAAGUUGGUUGAAAAUAUAACCAACAAUUUGUAUAACCUCAUUUGUGACACUGUUACACUAAUUGAGUGCAAGCAUUGUGAGUUGCUGCUGUCUUAUUAUACUGCGAUACAUUAAGUGGAAUAUAUAUUUGAGUAUCUCUCUCUUUUGCUCUCUCUGCCACCUUGUGAGUUAAUUAUUCUGUAUGCAUGGAUAUGCAGGAAUCGUUCUAAUGCAAAAUAAAUCUGAUAUUGAUGGACAAUGUU